AUGGCGUGCCCGUGCCUGCCGUCCGAGUCGGAAGAGCUCGAAGGCUUCGACCCAACGAUCGCGCUCGAGUGCUCGCAGCUCGCCAUGUCCCUCGCCUACGAGCCUGACGUUGGGUUUCGCGUGGGGGCGCUUCCUGAAUUUCACAUAUCCACGAGCGGCAUUGUCUUCACAAAGGACUACGAGCGCGACGGUGCGCGCGAGCUGCUCGUCUGCUGCCGCGGCACCCUCUUCGGCGUCGCGAGCGACAUGCUCCGCAACAUCUCCUUCAAGGUGUCCACCUCCACCGUCUUCAAAGGCUACAAGGGGGGGCAGCAAGUGCUCGACGGACUCAAGGGUCUCGCGGACGAGAAAGUGCACCGGCAGUACCUUGACCGCGCGAUGGGCUGCCUCUUCAGCUACCUCCUCCUCGCCAAGAUGAAUGAAGGCGCUUACGACAUUGGCAAGUACAAGCGGGUGAUCGUGACGGGUCACUCGCAGGGCGGUGCCGUCGCCCAGGUCUUCGCGGCGCUGCUCGUGGGCAUGGACAAGGGGCUGCGGGAUCUGCGUGACGGAUACAUCGACACGCUGGAGAUCAACGACUGGAGCGGCAGUGUCAACAUCUUCGGCGCCAGCAAGACCGAGCUGACCUCAUCCAAGCUCACAAUCACGAUGACGACAAAUGCAGACGGGGCAGAUGUGUUUGACGUCAAGUGGUCAGGCGCGUGGGAGCAUCAAAAGCGCUGGCUGGUCAAGGACGCCCUGCUCCAGGACGACCGCGAGACCGUGAGCGUGUACGCCUUCGCGCCGACCAAGAUCGCGAACAUGGCUUUCGAGCGCUGGUACGACCUGAAUAUGCCGCUCUCGUUCAACUUCAUCAUGAAGUAUGACCCCAUGGUGUUUCCGUGGACGCGUCGGCCGGGCAGCCUGAUCGAGAUAACCGUGGAGAAGACCGACUACCUGCGGUGGCUCACCUUCCCCUUCAUUGACGCGAUGCUCAACAUGAUGCCGGUCCUGCCAAGGCGCUGCGCGACGAAGGGCGACUUCGGGAUGGACCUGCACGGCGGCGCGGUCUUCUCCGCCGCCAUCACCGAGUAUUUGCUCCAUCGGGGCGGGGACUUGGCGGCGGCGUGGAACGAGAUUGCGCCCUUUGCGAUGUUUGCAGAGUAUUUUGGCGGCGGCAACGAGCACUUUGUCAACUGGCUCCGCCUCCAGACCUCGUACUACUUGGGCGCAGAAGACGGCUCUUCGACGAUUCGGCUCGACGACCCUCAGCAGCAGAUCAAUCUGCUGAAGAAGGGCCACCCGGGGAAGCUGAGCGACUUUUCGUACACGGUCCUGCGCGCCCAGAGCACAAACGGCCGCCUUGUGCUCUUCAAGACCCAGACGAGCAUCGCCUUCUUUUGCAUCGCUCCGUCCGGCGCGCCUUUGAACUCCCCAUCCUAUCCAUUCCUCUUCCUCCUCGGGCUCGUCUCUCUGCUGGGGGCCGCGCUGAUCUCACUCUUUCUAGUCCCCUUCGUGAUUGGCGAAACCGCCUUUGAUCACCUCCAAACCUGGGUCGACGGAAUCAAGGAUGCGAGCGCGAGUGCAGGCGGUGCCCCUCAGGCCGUGCAUUCAUCGCGGCCGUCGCGGCCAUUGACGAGCGAGGCCUCGGCGAAGCGCUUUGCGGAGGCGCGGCGCAAGGCCCCAAAGCCGCCCACGGACCUCGCUCGGUGUGCUAUCCGUUGCGACGCGUGGCCGGUGCAGCGGCUCCGAUGGCUCGCAUGGCUCUCGUGCCAUUUUUGCGCGUUUUGCCUCUGA